UCGCUACGCACGUCGAUGGUCACUCACAGAGCUCGGCCUAUGGUAAAGUUAUGGUUGGACGUCGACGCAACGUAAAUGCGGAGCCGGGAUGAGGAAGCGCGUAAACACUGGAGCUCUGCGCGUAAACACUGGGCUCUGCGCGCAACCAGGGCGACAGACGCGCCCUCGGCAUCGGACGAGGCUGACGCGCUCAGCCGAUGAGAAACGCUCUCAUCCCCGCGGAGGGUGGCUAGUUAUGUGGAACCACACCGACUAGUUUUCGGAUAAUCUUUUCCCAACAGGUUGUUUGGAUAUUUUCUCCCGUCAAACAUUGUUACUUAUGAAUCGGAGCGGAUGUGGGCAGUGAUCUGUGGCUCACAAUGAACACAGGCAACGCCAAGCCUCCUGUGGCUCCCAAACCCGCGCUCCGUGGUGCGGCCGGAUUCGGACUAGCCUCUCCCCUCCUGCCCAGAGCCGGCUCCUCCACAGCGAAAGGUCCCAAACCGGCAGUGGCCCCAAAACCCAGGGUCCGGCAGGACCGCGACCCCAGAGAGGCAGAGUGCUGCCCCGACCAGAAGACCUGUCCUAAUGGCGGCCCUCGGGCCCCGGACCGGGGGAGCGGGUCGCAGCACUGGGCUGGAGCCCGAGGGGAGGUCAGAGCAAAACCGGACCCCCAUGUCCAGGACCUCCUCUCAGAGGUCAUGGACCUCAGAGAGAGAGACCCGGGGAACGCCUCCCCGGCGCCAGACGCAGGCGGGGAAUCAGCCGAGCGAGCGCCAGAGGACGAUACGAUGCAGGGCGGCGGCGAGGGAUGGCGGUCGACCGACGCCAGCGCUCUCCGGGACGUGCGGGGGUCUCCGGACUCGCCGGGGGCCAGCCACGCCGGCCUCGUCGCCGGCCCCGCCGCCAGCGUGGAGAUGAUCGACACGGACACGACGGAGGACCUGACCUCGGAGGGCUGUGACGCCGGCGAGGCCCUGGCCGACACGGACGGCUUCUCCCUGGGGGACUGUUCGUUCUCCGUGGGGGACUGCUCGUUUGAACUGGGGGACGGUUCCUUCGAACUGGGGGACGGUUCCUUCGAACUGGGGGACGGCUCGUACUCCGUCGGGGACUGCUCCUUCGCCAGCGUGGACGAGGAGGAGCUGGCCCUCUCCUCUGUGAGGGGACCAAGGCCUCGGGACAAGGAACCACUUGAAGACGGCCGGGAGGACAGUGAGGUUCGCUGUACAGCAGACCCUUUAAAGGUCAGGGCAGCACAAGACGUGAGACCUGCUAACGGCGACGGCGCUAAGUACAUAGCUAAUGUACUCAGCGUGGAGUGCAGCCACGGCAGCAUACAAGGAGCUGGGAGCAUGGGAUCCGCUCAGAACCAGAACCGGGUUCUUCUGGAGGUACAGACUAAGCCCGAGCCCAACUACAUUUCCUCCGAGGACGUUAUUGACGCACGGCAGAUACUGAUAGAUCACAAAGUUGCUCUGUUGUCAAGAAGUCCGGUGAUUCAACAUAAACACUUACUGGGCGACAGCUCAGUGGCGUUACCCAGGAAGUACCGCUGCAUCACAGAUAAAGACUCCCCCUUCAGCAGCUGUAGGAACAAUGAACCCAUAGAGUCUUCCGAGGAUCCCCUGGACGUAGAUGAUGGUGUCGAGGAGGACAAAGACGAGGAAAGGAGACACAACAGGAUGAACGUCAAGAGUGAUGACCAUAAAACCUGGCUCAUGAACGCUGCUCUGGACUGCCGUCCGCAGUACAGACUGGUGUCGUUCUCCGUGCCUCCAGACCCGGACACCUCCCUGACUUCCUCCGUCUCUGAGGGUCAGCUCACGUCCCCGCAAGCCUUGUACGGGGUCCGAGACGAGGACACCGGAGGCCGACACGCGGUGCCGUUCCUGGACGACACCACGGACACGGAGCAGGACCUGAGCGAGGAGCACGUCUACGAGGAGACGGGGCCGGACCUGGGGGAAGGCCCUCCCCUGGAGAGGAGGUCUGUGGGGCCGGGCCCGCCGCCAUUCUCAAGGCCCCGCCUCUUAGACCCAGCGGCCCCGGCCCUGACCAGCAGCCCCAUGCUGGGCCCCGUGCGAGCCAGGUGCUACCCCCGACCGCCCGGCCUGUCCCUCUACCCCCGCUCCGUCUCCGUGGAGGGGCAGGAGCUGACCCUGCGUCGGUGUCAGGAGCGAGACGCCGCCUCCAGGGAGCCGGGGGACGACGGGCUCUUCCUCUCCCACGCCUUCGGAUCUUCCGGGAGCUUCUCCCGCUGCCCGCCUCGACCAAUCAGCGGCCUGGCCACGCCCACGUCCCUGCUGGACAUCCCUCCUCCGUUUGAGCUGGCCUGCAUCACCAAGAGGCCGCUCACCAAGAGCUCCCCCUCGCUGCACACGGACGGGGAGAACAACAAGAAGAAGUCCUCCAUCAAACGCUUCCUGAUGCUCAAGUUCAGGAAGAAGUCGUCCGACAGGAAGCCCGCGGCGGACCUCCCCUCGCCCUCCUCCAGGUCCUCCUCCGAGUCCAUCAACCACCUGACCGGCCGGUCCCUGGAGGCGGAGCGGAACGCCCUGAGCCACUUCUCUCUGGUCAACGUCUGCUCCUCCGGCUCCCCUCGCAGCGCCGCCAGGCUCCUCCCCCCGCUGGCGUCCUACGGCGAGGGGCAGCGCGACCGCCGCUCGCUGGCGUUCCUGAGCCGCAGCGUGAUCCGCGUGGAGUCCUUCGAGGAGCGCUCCCGUGGCCCCCUGGUGGCGCUGGCGCUGACCAAGCCCCGCUCCAUCUCCUUCCCCAGCGCCGACUCCGCCUCCGACUACGAGAACGUGCCCCCGCUCAGCUCGGACUACGAGAACGUCUCGGUGCCCCACCCGCCGCCGCUCGGCCCCGAGACCUUCCCCGAGUUCUUCGAGCGGCCGUGGCGGGCGCGCUCCACCGCCCACGACACGGACGGCUACGUGGACAUGAGCAGCUUCCCAGGGUUCGAGAGGAGGACCCGCGCCCCCCCGGAGGAGACGGAAAGUGCCUACACUGAGGCCUACAAGGUGUGCUCCAUGGCUGUGGGCCCCCCUGCUGGCCUGGAGGGCCUGGGGGGCGCCGAGGGACCGGACCCCGGACAGACGUCUGAGGACGAGGACAGAGGGGCCGACGGCAAUUAUGACCGACCGCCUGAUGGCCGCUCCAGAGCCUUCUACAUCGCCAAAGAGCUGAUGGACACAGAGAGACUGCACGUGAAGGCACUCAAGCAACUGCAGGAAGACUUCCGGGAGGCGGUGUGCUCAGCGGUGGGGGCCGACGGGGAGAGGGUCCUGGGGGACGAGAGGCUGAGGGAGAUCCUCACCGACCUGCCCGACGUCUAUAGCCUGCACCGCAGGAUCCUGGGCGAGCUGGAGGACCGGCUCAGACACUGGGAGGAGAGCCAGAGCAUUGCUGACGUCAUCCUGUCCAAGAAGGCGGACUUCUUCGUCUUCACCACCUUCAUCGGUCACUACGACCGCAGCGUCAGCCUAUUGGAGGACAGCUGCCGGAGUUCUCCCGCCUUCGCUGCCCUCGUGAGCCAGUUUGAGCAGAGUGUGGCGUGUGAAGGCGUGUCUCUGAAACAUCAGCUCCUCAGAGUCAUCGUCCGUGUGGCUCAGUACCGCAUGCUGCUGACCGAUUACCUCAACAACCUGCGGCCGGACUCGAAGGAGUAUGAGGACAGCCAAGCUGCGGUGGCAGUAGUGUCCGACAUUGCUGACCAGGCUAAUGACAGUUUGCAGAAUGGAGAGAAUGUUCUGCGUCUGGUCAACAUCGAGUACAGCGUCCGCGGUCAGAAGGACCUCCUGCGGCCUGGCAGGGUCUUCAUCAAGGAGGGCACCCUGAUGAAGGUCAGCCGGAAGAGCUCACAGCCUCGCCACCUGUUUCUGAUGAACGACGUGCUGCUGUACACCUACCCACAGCAGGACGGGAAAUACAGACUGAAGGACACUCUCUCCCUCUCUGGGAUGAAGGUCACCAAACCGAGCUCGGAGGAGACGCAUAACGGCCUUAAGAUUGAAGUCCAGGACGUGUCCAUCAGCCUCUCAGCCAGCUCCAGCAGUGAGAGAGAUGACUGGUUCUACACUCUGAGCCGCACCGUGGCGGACCACAGCCGGGGGGCGCCAGCGAGCACGGCCGGCCAUGGAGAGGAUGAGGACUACCCCGGGGGGGCCCUGGGCGAGCGGCCCCCCAGGCCGGUGUGUGCGUCGCAGGUCCUGAUGUGCAUGAACUGCACGUGUGACUUUAGCCUGCGUCUGCGCCGGCACCACUGCCACGCCUGUGGGAGGAUUGUUUGUCGCAGCUGUUCCAGAAACCGCUGUGCUCUGAAGUACCUGAAGGGUCGGACGGCCAAGGUGUGUGACCACUGCUACAGCCAGCUGCACGCAAGAGGGGCUCCUGGAUCCGCCUCCUCAGCCCCCACCAGCCCACGCACCGGCCGCUCCAGGCCUCUCUCCGCCGUCUUCCAGAACAUUCACCCUCCAAACCUCUGGAGACACCGCAAAGGAACCGCCUCCUUCACCCCGGGGGCAGUGUGGGAGGAGGGCGCCAUCAGCGGCAGUCUGCAGCGCAGCAAGAGGAGCAAGCAGCACUGGAAGAGGCUGUGGUUCCUCCUCAAAGACAAGGUGCUGUACACCUACCGGGCCCAAGAGGAGAAGGUGGCGUCAGAGAGCUUGCCUCUGCUGGGUUUCACGGUGAAGCUGGCUGACCGCGAGCAGCUGGACGAGGCCAACCUGUUCCAGCUGUACCACAAGAAGACCCUAUACUACAGCUUCAGGGCGGAGGACAACUGCACGGCUCAGAGGUGGGUCAACGCCAUGGAGGAGGCCACAGUGCUAUAGGACCCCCCACCGGCCAAUAGGAACCCCCUCCCCAUGAGGACCCCGUAUCGUCCUAUAAGACCCCCCACGUGUUCUAGGACCCCCCACGUGCUAUAGGACCCCCCUCCCCCAGUGGGACCCCCCAGCAGGAACCUGCUGAGCGUUGAGGGGAACUCUCCGCUCCCUCCCUACAUUGAGAAGAACCUUCCGGUUCCGCAAGUUCCUGGAAGACAAACCACCGCCUUUAAACCAGAGUUGGCCGGAGGUAUUGAGUCAGGAGGACAGACUGUUCCUCUCUUUGUGGUCCUGAAUAGAGGAAGUGUUUCUGAGAGCCUCUUGGUUCCCCUUGCUGUGUCCUUGACCUGCUGCUAGGCUAGCUAGGUGCUAGAAGCCUCGCAGUGCUGGCCUAGAUACCCAGCAUCAGCCUGGACUCAGACCUGGCCCCGGAUUCAGACCUCGCCCCGGACCCAGACCCCCGGACCCAGACCCCCAGAGUCAGACCCCCAGACCCAGACCCCCGGACCCAGACCCCCGGACUCAGACCUGGCCAUGGACUCAGACCUGGCCAUGGACUCAGACCUGGCUACGUGUGCCUGAUGGUCAACACGUACCCUCUCUCGCUGUGCAACGGCAGGAUUUAAACCGUUUAGCCAUCGCAUACAACAAGCACGUGAACCACUUAACAAAUAAUAUUUAACGAAAUCUUUUUAAAUCUUAUAUAGGUGUUCAAAAUACCUACAAGUCUGAACGUGAGUUAAGUAAUGAUUAAUACGAAGACCUGCAUCUUUAUUUUGAUACCUGGCUGUACUCAGUAAACACUGCCUGCAUUAAUGGAUGAGGACGCCCUUGUUGAUUGUGUAGGAGCUUGACCUUGUAUUUCUGGAGGUGAUUGGCAGUAGCUUGAGGAUGUAAGAUGUGGUUUCAUUAACUGAAUUGCUUUAUUUGCACCUAUCUAUAAGAGGAGAAUUUAACAGUGGAAGGGAAUGUACCUUCACCUCUCCAUGGGGGACAAAUAAGUUUUCCGUUGUUUGGACGUUGCCAAAUACCUUUAUGUCAAAACAUUUGAUAAACUCAAUACUUUAAUGUCUAUUCAUAUUUGUAAAAUCUAUGAUGUACAAAGCCAGUGUCAUGGACUCUGAAAUGUAGCUUACUUGACAUAUUAUUACAUCCAAUUUACACAGUGCUGUUAAUGAAUUAAUAAAAAAAAAAAGUAGCUCAAGUUU